AUGGAAAAGACACCACAUAUACCAAAGAGGACCUCAAGUUUUCAUUCCGGAUCUCUUCCUGUAGUUAGCUCGUCCGACGAUCUUAUUUUCUCCAGUAAUGUAGAGGACUACGAUAUUAAUACUAACAGUCCUAUAGGUGGGAGUUAUGGUGCAUCUGCUAUUGUUUAUGGUGCUUUAUAUAAACCCUUGAAUAAAAGGGUUGCCGUUAAAAUGAUAGAUUUGGAUUUCUUUGAGCGAAAUCAAAUCGAUGAAGUUAGGAGAGAAACACAAUUAAUGUCUCUUUCUAAACAUGCGAAUGUGUUACGUGUUUGUGGCUCGUUUGUAAACGAAUCAAAGCUUUAUAUCGUUACUCCUUAUAUGUCAGCUGACGAAGAUGGAUCAGUUUUACUUGCUGAUUUUGGUGUAUCAUCCUCACUUACAGAAAAUGGUGAUAGAAGAGGUUUUCGAAGAACUUUUGUCGGCACACCAUGUUGGAUGGCUCCAGAAGUUAUGGAACAUGCAGGAUAUGAUUAUAAAGCCGAUAUCUGGUCAUUUGGGAUCACUGCGCUUGAAUUAUCUACUGGACAUGCACCUUUCGCCAAAUUUCCGCCCCUUAAGGUAAUCAUGGUUACACUUUCUAACGAACCUCCUACUCUUGAUAGAGAAUCAACAAAGCAUAAAUAUUCAAGGACAUUUAAGGAAAUGAUUGAUAUGUGUUUGCAAAAGGAUCCAACUAAGCGUCCAUCUACUGAAAGGUUGCUAAAUCAUCCGUUUUUUAGACCUGCUAAGAAAAAAGAUUUUUUAGUGAGUAAAAUAUUACAGCACUUGCCACCUUUGGAAGAAAGGCCACAUAAAAGAGUUCAACAAAAACCCAUAACAUAUAACAAAGGGGUAACAUGGGAUUUUGCGGUUGAUAGUGAAUACCGUGAAAAUGAUGAUCAAGAAACUGCUGCUUCACAAGAAGCAAAUGACGGUACAUCAGAAGGAAAGCGAGUUGAAUUUUCCGUUACUGGUGAAAACAAUGAUGCUUCCAAAACAGAUUCAAGUGCUGCUGCAGUUGUACCACCAAAAAAGUCACGGUUCUUGGUUGGAGAUGCUGUCGCAGAAUCACACCAACCUUUGUCUUUAUCCGUACCUACGACUCCCUCCGCCACCUUUGUUUCUUCUCAAAAUCCAUUAUCUAAAUCUCAGCCUCUUUCUGCUGGAACAAAUUUUGUACCUAAUCCAUUUUCGUCAGGUGAAAAGGAUGAACUGAAUGCUCAAAUACAAACUCAACAAUCUCAAGGAAUUAAAAAGGGAAGAUUUAAUGUUGUAAGUAAUGGAUCUAGGGAAAGAGCUUUAUCAUCAGGAACUCAACCUGAAUCCGAUAAUCAGCAACUGCCUCAGUCAAAGGAGUCUAUCGAGAAUUUAACAGAAAGUAAUAAGAAGAGCAGAUUUGAAUUACAACAACCCCCUCAGCCUUUAGAUAAUCCUACAUUGACAUCUUCAUCAAGUUCUCAAAAUUUGUCUCGAGAAAGUUCUGUUAUUUCACUUUCUCGUGAUUCAACAUUGUCAAAAGGUGAUACAUUAUUAACUAAGGAGGGUACUAUUAAUGGAGGUUCCUUAGAUGUGCAAACUACAGAAAAGGCUCCAGAAAAACCUGUGGGUACCAAAAAAGGAAGAUUUCAGGUGUCCAGUGUUGAUGUACCACCAAAGAUAGAUGGGUCAAUAUCUCCAUCAGGGAACUUGCUUACAUCUGAAACCACAUAUUCACCACAAUCAACUUUCUUGGGCCACUCGCCCAGUAUCUCACCUGCCACAUCCAUCUUACGCGGUCAAGGACAACAUAUGAUGAGUACUAGUUCACAUAUUAAAACUUUACUACAACAGAACGAAACGCAACGAGCAAUUUUGAAUGAGCUAUUAUAUGGUACAUCAGCCGCGACUAUAGUCGGAAGAAUGGCACAACCACAGCAAUAUAAUGCACAACAUUUUCAGAGUGUAAAUGGUAAUACAGGAGGAAUCAAUAGGAAUUCAUCGAAGGAGAUCUCGUCAUAUUUGAGUUAUCUGGAUAGACAAAUUCAAUGCGUUCUUCGUGAUAAUGAAGAAUUACGUAAAGAAAAUGAAAGUCUGCGGAGAGAAAAUGAAAAAUUAAAGAAAUCAUCACCUUUGAAUUCACUGGCUUCUGGAAAGUUGACAGCUAGUUUUAUUCCAACCACAACAGCAGCAGAUCCAUCAUCAACAAAAUCAGCAAGCGGUAAUAUAAGCAACGCGUAA